CACACACGCACACACACACACAAACUCACACUCUGCCGGAGGGUCUGUCCGUCGGGGCCGGAACCAGAGCCGGAGCAGCUGCACCGCCGCUUUGGCCACUCGGGUGACUCCCGGGGACAUUCCACGCCGCCGCCGCCUCCGCCUCCGCCUCCCUCCUUCCCGCGGCUAUUAAUACCGGGCCGGGGGCGGCGCCGUGCCGAGUGCCCAGGACAGGACCGGACCGGCUGCCCGGCUGAGCCCGCCGACCCGGGCCCCCCCCCGCCCCCAGCCAUGGACCCGUGGCUGGGGUUGCUGGUGGUCACCGUGCUAGUGGCUGCAGUCCAGGGGGGCUGCGUGGAGGUGGACUCGGAGACGGAGGCCGUGUACGGGAUGACAUUCAAGAUCCUGUGCAUCUCCUGCAAGCGGCGCAGUGAGACGGUGGCCGAGGCCUUCACAGAGUGGACCUUCCGCCAGAAGGGGACGGAAGAGUUUGUCAAGAUUCUGCGCUACGAGAACGAGGUCCUGCAGCUGGAGGAGGAUGAGCGGUUCGAGGGCCGCGUGGUCUGGAACGGAAGCCGCGGGGGCCGCGACCUGCAGGAUUUAUCCAUUUUCAUCACCAACGUCACCUACAAUCACUCGGGCGACUAUGAGUGCCACGUCUACCGCCUGCUGUUCUUCGACAACUACGAGUUCAACACGACCAUCACCAAAAGGGUCCACCUGGAAGUGGUGGACAAAGCCAACAGGGACACGGCGUCCAUCGUGUCGGAGAUCAUGAUGUACGUGCUCAUCGUCGUGUUGACCAUCUGGCUGGUGGCCGAGAUGGUGUAUUGCUAUAAGAAGAUCGCCGCUGCCACUGAGGCUGCCGCUCAGGAGAAUGCCUCGGAGUACCUGGCCAUCACGUCGGAGAGCAAAGAUAACUGCACAGGCGUGCAGGUGGCUGAAUAGCUCAGGGCCCCAGACCCCGGCUCCGGAGAUGGGAGGGAGUCCGUGUGCCUCCAUCGGCCCGGAUCCGGGGAGCGUCCCCAGCUCUGGUCGGGGGAGCGAGGAGAGGAGAGGAG